AAGGUGUUGUGCGCGCUGCGAUUUUUCGGCACUGGAAGCUUCCGGAGGAGCGUUGGUCGCGAGGAGCAAAUAGGCAUGGCGCAGCCGGCCGCGAGCAACACCAUCCAGGAGGUGACGGAGGCCAUCAUUUCCGUGUCUGCCCGGAGAAAGUUGGUGGACUUUUCAUUGACACCGGCUGCCAAGGAUGAGGCAAAGGCGGCGUUUGCGCGACGCGGUGCUAUUCCAGGCGUGCUAGCGUGCGUCGACGGCACGUUGAUCGCAGUUAUGAAGCCAGAGGGACUUAGCCCGGCCGACACGGCGAGCUUCAUGUCGAGAAAGGGUUAUUACGCCCUCAACGUCAUAGUCGUGUGCAACUCGGAACUUUGCAUCCUUGUUGUGGACCUCCGGCUCCCUGAUUCGGGCCACGACUCUUGGAUGUGGCAGCAUAAUCCACUGUGUACGCGCCUCGCCGCACAACUGCAGCCUGGCGAGUCUCUGCUUGGUGGCCAGCUACGACUAGUGCCAGGGAGCGCACCUUCUCCAGUAUGCCCUCCUGAGCCACUGCCGUCCUCUCUGCCGCGAUGCGGUAGCAUCGCGGCGGGCCUCGUAGACCUGCUGCUUCCUCCACUGGUCGACCGUUUUCACAACGGGCCCUUCCGCGUUCAGCACGUCGGCCAGCUGCUACCACAGCUGUCGUCGGUCGACAAGGCUGAAGCCCGGCCCAGCUCGCUGGAUCUUAAAGCCAGCUGGAGAUGCGGCUCCAUAAAAGCGAGCACCGUCUCCCGCUGGCCCUCGGAAACGCGCGGUCCCAUAACGGGUGCAGAAGCCGACACGUUUUCCUACAUGGCUUUCCGCACGUAA